CCAAGAUGGCUGCCAAGAGCUGCUGCUGCUGCUUAUCCUGCGACAUUGCGGGGUUGAUGCAAUAUUCUUGUUGAAUAAAAUAAUUAUUAUUUUUCCCAGUACUCAUAAUGAUUUCAUCCAGAUUUUUCUCUAAAUAGAAUACCACUAAACGUUUUUGUUCCCCCCCUCCCUUACAACAUUGGGGUCCUUCAGGCGCACUGAAGGCCGUUUUGUUUGGGUACACGUUUUCAGGAAGUCCCGUGCAUUAAAAUGAUGAGACAGGACUCUAACGAGGAUGAUGUGGCCCUUUUUGAUGCGGAGGAUGAAGUUUCCAGAAAAUCAAAGGUGGCAAAAAUCAGGCAUCCUCUGGCCUCGUUCUUCCACUUGUUUUUCCGUGUUGGUGCGAUCCUGGUGUACCUGCUGUGUGAGAUUCUGAGCAGCAGUUUCAUUGCCUGUAUGGUAACCAUCAUACUUCUCCUGUCUUGUGACUUCUGGACUGUCAAGAAUAUUACAGGAAGGCUGAUGGUGGGGCUGCGGUGGUGGAAUCAAGUGGACGAUGAUGGGAAGAGCCACUGGGUAUUCGAGUCACGAAAGGGCAAGAAACCUUCUUCAGAUGCAGAGUCACGCAUCUUCUGGCUGGCACUUAUUGUCUGUCCCAUCAUCUGGGUCAUCUUUGCUUUCAGCACACUCUUUUCAUUCAAAAUUAAAUGGCUGGCUGUAGUUAUCAUGGGGGUGGUUCUGCAGGGUGCCAACCUGUAUGGUUAUGUUAGGUGCAAAGUUGGAGGCAGAACGAACUUGAAGAGCAUGGCUACAAAUUACAUCGGGCGUCAGUUUUUUCGACAGGCCAUGACUAAAGAAGACGAAUCCUAGAGGGACGAUAUCAGGAGAUUAUCCAGGUGUAACAUCUGUAAAAUGGCUACAGCUCUAGAAGAAUGAACUUUGAAAGUUGACUGAAAGUUAAUCUGUUAAUCUAAACCUUGCAACAUAUUGUCGAAAGCCAUUAUUAAUUUUCCAUAGGUGACGCUAAAUGUAUGUCUUAUUUAAUAAUGGCACAGCAAUAACAGACAUAUCUGUAUGAGAGAUUCUGUGUGCUAUUUUGUUUUCCAAAAUUGUGCUUAUGUUUUUGCAGCUGAUACCAUGUAAUGGUGAUGGGAUUUUAGCAUCACUCCUAGAGCAAGCAGAAGCUUUUAAAGUGUUGCUGCUCAGACCCUUACCUCUCUGUGUAAACACUGUGUUUAGCACAUUUUGCAGUUGUCUGAAAGAGUUAUUUGCUAACCCUUUAAGGUUGUUCCGCAGGAAGCUGAAAAGGUUAGGAAAAAAGUGUGACAUCCAUUGCUUGCCUGUGAUAGUAUAAUCAAUGUCUGAAACAUUAAGGGCCCAAUUCCCAGUUUUGUUUUUUUCCUUUUAGGAGGUUAGUGCCUUCACUUCUGCACACACAUCCUGUUCAUCAGUAAAUUGCAAUUGUACCCUUUGAGGAGACGCGGUAGAAUGGUUUAUAAGACAGAAGGUUGUAUUGGCCUGCUUAAUUGUUUAAUUAUGUCCUUCUCAAAUUACCUAAUAAUGUGUAAAUUAUCAUUUGGGAAGCUUGGACCACUUGGGACCCGGGUUUCUGGACAGCUUGAGUGGUAAUCGUGGUUUUGUGGAUCACAUUUGAUUAAUUUUAAGACAGUGGAAUGAGCGAACUGAAAUCUGCUUCCAGGAUUGCUCAUGUGAGUGAUGACUCCAUGGAGUUAAAGGAGCUAACACAGUUCGCCUUGACCAUCUGCUGCUAAUGACAGAGGAGUAUUUAAAAAUGUAUCGCAUUAGUCUCCUGACUUUUUCCACAUUUGAUCAUUUAAGAGAAACAGUAUUGCAUAUAUUUUUUUUUACAUUGGAGGAUAAAAUUCUUUAUUAAAAAUAGGAUAAGGAUGACGAUAUGUAGGAUGGGCUUUAUAGUGGUUUUUGAAAUGGCUUUGAUUUUUUUUUCCAAGACGGAAAAGUGUAUACUAUCAGCUUUAUAGGGGUAAUUCUAAGCUUUUCCUUGUAAGAGUUUUCACCAUUAUGUUUCAGCAAGUUACAUCAGUCCAAUGGAGUAUAAUGAGGUAGAAUAAGAAUUUAUACUGAACUGAUUGAAUGAAAAUGAAUAGUGUUGAUAGUUCUAAUUUUCCUCUCAAUACAUACGUCCUGGUACUGUUUCUGUUGUUAAGAUGAACACCAGUCUUUUGUAAAUGGCUUGAAAGUUAAUCAUGAAUAGAGAUUUCCUCCCAAAAUUAGGGAUUUCUUUGGUUUAUCCACAGUAAUUACAAAUGAUUGAUAUAAACCUUAAGGAGGGUUGUUUUGUUUUAGUUUUAUUUAUUUGAUUGAAGGUUUUUACUGUUUCACAGGGGUUCAGUCUCUAAAGUGUUUUGCAGCUGCACUUGUAAUUUUCUUUACAAUAUUUCAGACGCAUUUAAGCAGUUGUAUUCAUUCUGUAUUACAGAUUGCUUACUGGGGGUAAAGACUUUGUAAAAUUCUUUAUAUAGAGAAGUAAAGCAUUUGUAAGUAUUUAUUUAAAAUUAAAA